AUGAGGACCAUUAUUUGCUCGAUUUUCUUUAUUAUUCUUCUUCAACAAGUGUAUUCAAGAGAUUCAUCGUUGUGUGGAGAGUGCAGGACAUAUUUCUCGAGAUUAAUCGAUCGAACGUUGAUUGAGGACAUUGAAAUGGACAAGAAUUUGUCCGAGAAACUGGUGAAGAAAUUUUGCGCAAAGCUGAUCCUUCACAUUGGAUCGCAUUUUGAGGCAAAAUGUUUUGAGCAUUUCAGCCCAAUCACGGAAGGCCAAGCAAUGUUAACCCCGAAGUUUGCCUUCAUCGAUCGUGCCUGUUUAUCGUGGUGU